UGACGCUAAGAAAGAGCUCAUUGGUUGAACGUGCCGCCAUUGGAGCCGCCAGAGUAGGGAAAGCAGUGCAGGAAAGCUGUUUAAUUGCGUUUGGCUGCUGCGCUCGGCUCUGGAGCCCGUUAAGCGUUUUUCCGGUCCAUGGAGAGAGGCCCGUGAACGGGAACCGUGAGGGUAGAGUAUUCAGAUUUGAUAUUUUCAGUCUCAUGGAUCUAAUUUCCUCUGUACCUCAGAAUCAACGACAUGUUCUGGGAAAGAUGGUGCCCUUCAGCUUUCCUCCAUCAAAAAUUGCACUUUGGAAUCCAGCUCCUAUUGGAGAGAGCACUCUAUCCCAUUUGAGUUAUUACAGAAACCCUAAAUUAAUCAUGACUGAGAAAACCCUUCGGCUUGCCCAUCGUCAUGCUAAGCAAAGUCGAAGACACCCUUUUACCUGUUUCCUAGUUGGAACUCUUGCAAUAAGUGAAGAUGAUGGAGUAUUGCUUACACUAGACCGUUUUGACCCAGGUCGUGAAGUAACUGGUGGAUUGGGAAAAAUACCUACAGCAUCUCUUCCUGGAGAUUUUUUAAUUCCAUGUACAUUUAGUGCUUGGGGAUCUUCUUCAGGUGAUGUCAUAGCACACAGCUCUGAUGAUUUCCACUUAGCUUUUAAGAUAUUGCAACAGAAUCUGAAUAGCCAAGAUUUUUUGGAUCCUUCCAAACUGCUGACCUUGAGAGUUCACAUCUCUUCAACAGAGAAUAUGGACAACCUACACUUUGACUUUCACUGGGCAGCUGUUACAGUGGCCAAUGUUCUAAAAUGCACUCCUGUGAAAUCUGUUCCAAUAAUUCCUACGGCUCUUGCUAGGAACCUAAGCAGCCACAUGAAUAUUACACAAGUUCAGGGAUCCUGCAAGUAUGGAUAUCUUACUAUGGACCAGACUAGGAAGCUGCUUUUAGUUCUGGAAUCUGACCCCAAAGCAUACACUUUGCCAUUGAUUGGCAUCUGGUUGAGUGGAGUAUCUCAUAUCUAUAGUCCACAAGUCUGGGCCUACUGUCUGCGCUACUUAUUCAGCUCUUCAGUUCAAAAGAGGGUUCCAUCAGAAUCAGGCAGCUUUCUUAUAGCUCUUUAUUCCCUGAAACACAACAGUCCAGAGUUCUAUGAAUGCCUUCCUUGUGGAGGAAGUACUGAACUAGGUUUCCAGUUGCUUACAAGCAAAGAAAGUUUACAUCUGUUCAAAAAUGUUGAGCCAUCUGAUAAACAUCCUAUCCAAUUUGAAUUGAGUUCAGAAAAUAAAAAUGCAGAAAUGGAGUUCUUCAGCAGAAUUAUGAAGAAUGUUUCCACUAGCAGCCUGUCUCAGAGUUCCACUCCCAGUAAACUCUCAAUCAGUGAUCAGGACUCGGGUGUGGAAGAUGAUGCAUCCCCAAGACCAUUUCCCUGUCCUCAGCCUGUGACUCAUCAGAUCACUGAGAUCCAACCUUUGGUUCCUGAAUUGUCAAUCGUAUUUGAUGGCACUUCUACAGAAUCUGUACCAGUGUCCAAACAUACCAUGAUCACAGACAAAAAAAGUCAACCUUCAAUUGGAUAUCAGCCUGCUAAGGUGACAUGCCCUGCAAAGCAUCAACUCUUCCAGCUUCAGCAUUCUGAUAAUGGGAAGCAAUUAGUUGGUGGUUGUACCAGAGUGCCUUCCCCAAGGCAGUUACCAAGCCAGUCAAAACAGAGAAUUCCACUAUUAAAACCUUGUAAAGGAAGCCAUUCUUUACUGCAACAACAAUCUGGUGCAGUUGAAUCUCAAGCAAAAAAGAGCUCUGGAUCCAAUUCAUCAUCUUCUCUUUCACCACCUUGUAGUGGUUCUUCUCCCAAUACAUCAUCACAUCAUCAUGGAACACUUUCUGAGAAAUACUUGUCAAGCAGUGAUGCUGGGCAAAAGAAAGAGUUGUCAAAUACCGGACCAUUAGUACCUAGUUCUAGGCAGUCUCCUGUUCCUUUCCAGUCUCCCUGGCCUAGCCCUGCCUUGUCAUCUCCACAUGUGAGAAAGCCAUUGGAUGUUCGAAUUCCAGUUCAAGGUCUGCCUUGUUGUCCUGCUUGUGUUUGUAGCUGUCAGUUACAUGGUCAUGUGCAGUACAGUCCAAUAAAUCCUUGGCAAGGAAUGUGCCUAAGUCACACAACUGAAGUCCAUUCCAGCUCUGCCCAAGAGAGCACACAGGUGGUAUUCCAUCAAAAUAUAGGAAGUACAAAUUCUGACUGCCACCCAGUAUGUGCCUCAAGUAGCCCUGUAAAACCAGGCUGUCAUGGAAACAUUAGGAACAGUUCUAAUGAUAACAUGCCAGGCACAGUAGGAAUUUCUUCUGGCAAUUCACAACCUCAUGCAGUCUGUUCAACUUGUAGUCCCACUUCUGAACCAAAAAUGGGAACCAGUAAUGAAAUGAUGGAGUUGUCUUCGGAUGUUUACAGAAUUCUUACUGAACAAGACAGGCAGAUCAAACUGCUGCAAGCUCAGAUCCAGCGGCUUUUAGAAGCACAAAAUGUUCAGGCCUGUUCUACCAGCACUAUAGCAAACAGCAGCUUACAGUCUCAGAAGCAGCUGGAAUUUGUUGCCAUGGAGACUCACUCCUCCCCAGUGUUACACAUGAAGAAAAGUGUCAGCAUUGCAGUGAGCACAGGUGCCAGCUUAUACUUGAAUCCUCCUUUGGAAAGGAACAAAGAGUCUAUAAAACAAGAUGAUGUUGAAAUUUCCAGUGAAGACAUUAAUAUUUCUAUAAACACUGAGAAGGACACAAGUCAAACAAGCAUUGCCUCUUCAUUAAAAGUAGUUGACAUACCCAGUUUUAUAGACAGUGUUCGUGUUGCUGAAGAAGGACCUAGUCAACCCUCUGCUGGACUCUGUGCACCAGGAGCCAAAGGGAUGGCCCAGACUUCAUUAAUGAGUGAAAGUGUUAGUAUGUGCUUACAGAGCAGGCCAUUGGGAGAAACUUACAAUAAUUUGAUGGCAAUUAAUGAACAGAAAGUUGAGAAUGUUGUCACUACCUUGCCAAAUGUUCAACCAGGUGAUGAGAAGUUUUACCAGGAUAUAUUGGGCCAAGUAAACCAUUUCUUGAAAGAAUCUUCCGAAGAAAACGAAUCUUCAGCAAAAUGUACCACAUCUCCAGAAACAAGCAAAUCCGAAGGGGACUCAGCAGUAAACCCAGUCGUAAGCAACAAAGAUAGUGUGUUGCAGGCAACCUUGAAACAACUGAAGCAGCUUGGAGUGAAUUUUGACUCUCCUCACAAGAUGAACGGUGCCCACAAAGUAGAAAAUGCCAGUAUAAUGGCCUGCAUUAAUCCUGAAGCAGUCAUUCCAGGGCUAAACUACAUUUCUUUUGCCAAUGUUGGCUUGAGUGGUUUAACUCCUAAUGGAGUAGAUCUGAGUAUGGAGGCAAAUGCUAUUGCUCUCAAGUACUUAAGUGAAAGUCAAUUGUCACAACUUUCUCUGAGUCAUUCAAGCCAAAAGAAUUCCAUGGCUUCAUCGGUACAGACACUCCUGCAAACUAAUACAGAUAAAACUUUGGUGGGCUUUGGAUUAAUUUCCCCAACCAAUAUGUCUUUUGCAACCAAGAAAUAUAUGAGAAAGUACGGGCUCUUACAAAGCUGUGAUAGUAGUGAGGAGGAGGAAGAGCAGCAGACUGAUGACCAUAAGGGAAAAGAAAACUUCAAACCUAUUCUACGCUUGGAUUUCAACCCUGUUUUAGAGGGCUUUGCCUGCUGGAAAGACCCCUCUGAAAGAACUAGUGAGAGACAAGCCCUCAAUGCAGUAAAUCAUAACCAUGAACAAUCUAACUAUCAUCUGUCAAAUUCAGAGGGGCCCAUGUUGAGAAAUAUUACAAAUACAGUCCUUCCACUCAGAAUUUUGCACAAACCAAAUGAAAAUUCAGCUCCAUUUUUGAAAGACUUGAAGCCAAAAAUGAAACUUCUACCUGGAAAAGCAGAGUUUACACAACAUCCCGCUGAAGAAAAUCUGGAUAUUCAGAUUGUACCUGAAACUCCCCAAACUCCCAUUAUGGAUCAUUUAAAACACGCAGACAACAUGAAUUCAGUGGGUACUUUUCUUGAUGUACAGCAGCUCCGACAGUUACCAAAGUUAUUCUGACCUAUGUGUUUAAUUGGCAGUCAAUUCCUUACUGGAUUUCUUGGGCCAGUAGAAGCCAGUUUUCCUUUGUUUCAGCAGAAUUGAAAGAAACUCCUGGCUAAGAAUCUUUUCUGAAGAUGUUCUGGCAAUAAACAAGUGAGGAGAUCUUUCAUCUUAGCAGAUCUCCUUGCUUAAUGUGAUGAUUUGGUUGUUAAUGCGAGAUAUAUAUAUAUAUUUUUAAGUUGUGGCAUAUUUUAGUAUAUUUUAUACUCCAAAAGGUUAAUUAAUACAUAAUCUGAACUUAAUGUGUGAUAUAUAUUUUCUAACUGAUGUGGACUAGUGACUAUAUGAAAUGAGGAGAGUGGUGACUCAACAUCUGCCUUAGAGCAGAGUGAGUUUAAGACAGCCUACUUUUUUUACUCCAUGUAAAGCAAUCUUUUUUAGUUUAUUUGCGCAUUAGAGUCAUGCACUUCACUGUACAGCCUUAGUUCUUAAGAAUUUGAAAUAAAAUUUCAC